AAUGUCCCCACAGACAAUUCAAAUGAAUGCUAUAUUGUUUAAUGCCAGGAAGGAGGAAUUUAAACAAUCUAGAAAGGGGAAAACCCAAGCCAAAAUAGAUAGGAACUUGGAGCACUCUAACAAUUGUGCCAAUCCAGUUCAUUUGUACAGCAAUGACUAUAAUGAUUGGAAUGUUCCUGAUCCAGUCAUUCAGACCUUGAAUAAAGGUCUGAAAUACAUUAAUAUUGAUUACAAAUCCACCAGGAAACAGUGGAUCACUAAGAAUUGGAAAGAGGGAUUAGCAUCCUUCCUACAUAGACUAGUGAAACACAAAGAUGUGGGUCCCUUUACUUAUAGGGUAAACCCCUUUGCUAAAGUGAGUCAAACUGACAAGACCGUUAUAAAGGAAGAUCCUCCAAUAGAUGGAGAAGAUACCCCAGUAUGGAAUGAUUUCAAGAAUAACAUAUGGAAUAAAGGUUGUGAAACCAUAAAUGGGUUGAGUGAAAGGUAUGGCUACCUUCACCAAAAUGGUCCUAGUUCAAGAUUUCAAACAUCUGUUGAAACAGUCUGCAACAAAGAUGAUAUCAUCAUUAAACCUGCAGACAAAGGCAACAAUAUUGUUAUCUUGAACAAAAGAGACUAUUUAAUAGAGGCCAACAGACAACUGUCUGAUAACAACACCUACAAAAAGGUCUCCUUUCCCAUUUCAAAAUCCAGACAUUCUGAAAUCAUCUCCAUCCUCUCCAACCUCAACAAGGAGGACUUCCUUACAAAUAGGAUGAUGAAAAAGCUUAGCCCAAAAUUAGAAGCCACAGAUAGGAUGCCACCAGGGAGACCAGUUGUUUGUUACAGAGGGAGUGAUUUACACCCUCUCUCCUGUUGGAUAUCUGCAGACACCUCUCCUCUAUCCAUAUAUACAAUUAUACAAACUGCAGAUGUAGAUGCCCUAUACCCUAGCAUUGAUCCUGAUUGGGGACUACAAUGCAUAGCCAAGCAACUGUACAACUGGCCAAAAGAUAAUAGACCAGAUGAGGCUAUCCUUAAACUUUUGCAGAUCUGCCUAAAAAGCAAUGACUUUGUAUUUGAAGGUGAAAGAUACUUGCAAAUAAAAGGCACUGCAAUGGGAGUUAGCUUUAGUCCAGCUUAUGCAAAUAUAGUCCUAGGGGUUUGGGAGGAGGAUGUAUAUACCAUCUACAAAGAACACCUAUUAGUGUAUAGAAGGUACAUUGAUGAUAUACUCAUUGUGUGGAGAAAGGAGAGUAGUGAUACUGUAGGAGAGGAUGACAGGUUGAGAGAGUUCUGGAACUAUCUUAACAACAGAAAUGAGGGUAUUAGUCUAACCAGAUCUGAGGCUGGUAACACAACCAUCUUUCUAGAUUUGGAGAUUCAACUCAAUCCUCUAGUGUUCAAAACUCAUUUUAAACCUACAGACAGUAGAAGACUACUUAACCCCAAGUCUGCACAUCCCAAACACACCAUUAAAGGAAUUUUAUUUGCACAAGCUCUUAGGUAUCUCAGAAAUUGCUCAAAAAUUGAUACAGCAAAGGGACAACUCAAUGAUCUUAGGAAUUUAAACAAAGAUCUGGGCUAUACCAAAUCAAUGUUCAAAGAGGCAUGGCUAAAAGCCACUAAGAGGAUUGAAAUUGAGAGGCAAGAAUUUGAAGGUAUGAAACCAUGCAAUGGUAGGAGAUGCCUAGUGUGUCUGAAGGUUAGGAAAACUAACACAUGGCAAUCAACUGGCAGCAACCAAUGGUUCAGAGUCAAGGGAGACUUUGACUGUACCUCUAGUUGGAUAAUUUACAUUAUCCAAUGUACCCUAUGUGAAAUACAGUAUGUGGGUCUUACCACUAGAACUCUAAGAGAUAGGAUCAACAACCAUAAAGGGGAUGUGAGGAAUGGAUCCAAUAAAUUGGUCUCUGAUCAUUUUCGAAAACAUGGAAUAGAUCAGAUGACUUACUGGGUCUGUGAUUCCAUUCCUGAGGAAGAUCCUAACAGAGAGAAGACCCUACAGACUUUGGAAGCAAGGUACAUCAAAGAGGCUAAUACAGUUACUCCGUAUGGCUUAAAUGAGGAUCAUGGUUGCUACAGUACUACUAUAGUACCACUGGUUGUCUACCAUCCAAGUCCUUGGUAUAAACUAAAUAGAAUACUUAAGGACCACUGGAGUGCUCUUAAUGAUGACAGUCCAUUGAAAGCGAUUAGGCCUAUUAUUGCCUUGAAACUGGGGAGAUCAUUGGGUAGCCUUAUAGUAAAGGGAAGAACUGAAGGUCCACCUCAAGAGGAUAAUACCAACACUCUGAAUCUAUUAGAAUGUUGGCCAUCCCCAUGGUGGCAUAUUAAAACAGUCUUCAAUAGACCACAAAACAAAUUCUCUAUUGUGAAUAACAUAGAGAGCCUGGACAACAGCAAUAACACAAUUCUCACCAUGGCCAAUAGCUGGGUGGGGGAUGAUCAGGAUAGUAGUUUUGCAGGUAUUAAUCUCCUAUUGGAGAUACAGAGAGAAAUUGACAGUGAAUGA